AUGCCAAAACGGGUCGUUUCAUUCGCUGAUGACGUCGCUUCGGGAUCAGGAACGUCCAGCAAAAGGUCUGCUCUAACCAUUGAAGAAGCUGCUGAGGAGUAUGAUCUGCCUGAUGGUGAUGAACGAGAAGUUCAGGAGGAAGAAGAAGAGAAAAAGAAGAAGCACACCUUGGACAGUGACGAAGAAGAAGACGAUGAUCAUAAGCAGCUGGAUAUGCGAAAGGUCGAAGGCCAGGAAGACUCCACCUUGGAUUUCGAUGGAUCAACGAAAAUAACGGCGUUCAACAUGAAAGAAGAUCUGGAGGAUGGGCAUUUCGAUGACACUGGAAACUUUAUUUUCAAUAAGAAGGAAAAGGAAAUCAAGGACAACUGGUUGGACGAAAUUGAUUGGUCCAAGGUCAAGGAAAGGGCCGGUGAUCAAUGGGAACAAUCAAAUGAUCAGGAUGAUGAUGAACCGCCUGCGCCAGUACUGAACGAUAUUCGACGAAAGGAGAUAUUUUCUCAAUUAAUAGCCAUCGUGAAACCCAACCAGACGGUUGCCAGAGCAUUGACUGAGCUAAAGAAAGCCAAAGGUUUAACGGCAGCAGAAGAGCGUAAAUUACGCUGGAAGGCAAAGAAGGAGGGCAAGGCGAUUGCCGAAUCGGAUUCGCAGAGAGAUACAAGAUUAAUUAGUGGUUUGGCGGACGAAUUAAUCUCAGCUGGGCAUAUGGAUGUCUACGAAUGGACCCGGGAGAAAAUUGAAUUCCUUUUGAAGAAGUUAGAGAGCACUGCAGUUGAUUCUGUUGAUAUGUUCUCAGAUGAGCCAGCGACCGCUUCGUCAACCUCAGCUGAUGCUUCAAACUCCGUUUUCGAUGAUGAAGAGCAAAAAUGGGAGUACAAAGAAUCUGACACAGCUGAGAUCCAGGGCCCUUUCACAUCGUCAGAAAUGGCAUCACGUCAACAAAAUGGCAAGCUGAGCAGUGGUGGUUUAGCAAGAAAGUGUGGAACCGCCAGUUUUAACCCAGUCGCUCGUAUCGACUUUGAUUUAUAUUGUUGA